UCGUGGUAGUAGGCCAAGUAAAGCGGCCCCCGGCAGCUCUGCUGCCAUGCCCUCCCCGUCUCUGCUCUCUUCUGCGCCCGCUGCAGCCGUUACAGAAACAGCUGCUUCAGCAACAGCAACACAGUCCCACCGAUAAAAGCGAGGAGAAAGUGAAGUGAAGAACUGAGACACUGAAUCCUCUCGCGCGCUCUCUCUCUCUCUCUCUCUCUCUCUCUAGCCAUUUGAUUCAAGCAUUGACACGGGGCCAGUUGCUGUGCAGGAGCAGCAGCGACGACGACCGCAUCAAAACGAAGCUGCGACAGCAAGCGAGAGAAAAGAAUGUGGUGAGGGAGCGAGAGAUAGAGAUAAGGGGAAGGGGGAGGAGUUAUGGAGCUCGGGGCUGCAGAGGGUACGGAAGAGGCAUGGUUCGGGCGUCGCUUUUGACCCUCUUCCUUUUGGCAAAGCUUAUGUCUGGUUAAGGAGCCCGAGAUAGAGGUGCGGUGGGGAAAGGGAGAAGAAAAGCCGAAGCUUUUUUGGUCUUUGGCUCUUCUAUUUAGCUCUCUGUCUCUGUUCCUUUGCUCUGCUCUCGACUCUGCUUCUGCUUGUCUCCCGCCUCCCACGCUUGUCUUCUGAGCCCUUAGCCUUUAGCGCUCUCCCCACAUGCGUCGCUUCACCAUUCCUGUGUUCUCGCUCCUUCCCUCAUCCUUAGCUUGACCAGCAUCCGACCUGUCCCCUCUUCCCCUGCCUUUGGGUCCUCCCUUUCUUGGUUUCGCCUUUUGGGUCCUGUGCUGCUCGUUUCUUUGGUUCGGAGACAAUGGGGAUCGAUUUGAACACGAUAGAGGAGGAGGAUGAGGAGCCGGAGCACCCAGCCCAUGCCGCUCCACCGCCCGCGGCAGCGGCAGUUGAGGACGCGUUUCAGGGAACGCCUGUGUGCCUGGAGCUGUGGCACGCCUGCGCAGGGCCCCGUAUAUGGUUGCCCAAGAAGGGGAGCUUGGUGGUGUACUUGCCGCAGGGGCACAUGGAGCACCUCGGGGACGGCGGAGGCGGCGGCGCCGACGGUGGAGGGAGAGGGGGAAUCUGCCGCCGUGAUGUGCCCCCUCAUUGCUUAUGUCGUGUGAUCGACGUCAAGCUCCAUGCUGAUGCCGCUACAGACGAUGUGUACGCUCAGCUCUCUCUUCUUGCCGAAAGCGAGGAUUUUGAACGAAGAAUGAAGAUGGGUGAGGUUGAAGGAAAUGAGGAAGGAGAUGAUGUUGAGUGCAUAAACAGAUCCUCUGUCCCCCAUAUGUUCUGCAAGACCCUCACUGCAUCUGACACUAGCACCCAUGGAGGGUUCUCUGUGCCCCGCCGAGCUGCUGAGGACUGCUUCCCUCCCCUGGAUUAUAAGCUGCAGAGACCUUCGCAAGAGCUUAUUGCAAAAGACUUACAUGGCAUGGAAUGGAGGUUUCGACAUAUCUAUAGAGGUCAACCGCGCAGGCAUCUUCUUACAACUGGAUGGAGUGCAUUUGUGAAUAGGAAAAAGCUCAUAUCAGGAGAUGCAGUGCUCUUUCUUCGGGGUACUGAUGGGGAGCUUAGAUUGGGUAUUAGGAGAGCAGUACAAUUUAAAAGCAGCAAUCCAGUUUCAACACAUCCAAGUGGGAACUCGACUCUUGCUACAUUGGCCGAUAUUGCUAACGCUGUGUCCACAAGAAAAGUAUUCCAUGUCUAUUAUAACCCAAGGGCAAACUCGUCGGAUUUCAUUGUUCCAUACUGGAAAUUUGUAAAAAGCUUCAAUAGUUCCAUUUCUGUGGGAAUCAGGUUCAAAAUGAUUUAUGAAAGUGACGAUGCCUCAGAGAGAAGGUCCACAGGACUGGUAACUGGGAUCAGUGACAUGGACCCUGUAAGAUGGCCUGGUUCCAAGUGGAGGUGUCUGUUGGUAAAUUGGGACGUUGAUGCAGAUAGUAAUCAACAGAAUAGGAUAUCCCCAUGGGAAAUUGAACCGACUGGUUCAGUUUCGGGCUCUGGCAGCCUGUCAACAGUAGGUUCCAAGAGGGCCAAAAUCGGUCUUCCCUCUGUCAAUAUGGAUUUUCCAAUUCCGAAUGGAAAUGGUUGUCCAGACUUGAGGGAAUCUGCAAGUAUCCACAAGGUCUUGCAAGGUCAAGAAUUUAUGAGACUCGGUGCUCCAAAUUGCAUUGGUGUGACAGCUUCUCAUGUUUUCGGGAUUGGAAAUCCUCAGUACUCAGAGAAGGGAUGUUCCACUGAUGCAAAUGGCAGCAUCAUAGGUGAAUCUGUUCCAGGAGGUAGGGUCAGAAUCCCACAUGGAAAAUCUGACUCGUCCUUCAAUCGCACAGGCUUUAGUGAAUCUAUCCGAUUCCAGAAGGUCUUGCAAGGUCAAGAAGUUUUCUCAAGAAAUCCUCCUUUCCUUGGAGCACCAUGUGAUGCUCAUGUAAGGAAUGGUGUGUACGGCCAGUUUGAUGAUGUUCACACAUCUCGUGCUGAAAGCAGAUUGCCUAUAGCACCCCAUGGAUAUGUUACUCUUCUUCAACAGUCUUUGCCAUCAAUUCAAGCAUUUUCCCCAUCUUCGGUGCUAAUGUUUCAAGAUGCAAGUUGUGUAUCUCUGUCAGCUCAUUCUAUGCCUGGCAUGAAUUAUCAAGACAGAGGUGAUGAAGGGUGCCGCUUUGCCAUGUUAAAUGGUUCAGAACCCUUGCAUAGAGAAGAAGCAAACUUUCCAUCUUGGCCUCCAACAAUGGCUUGUCAUUUUGCCAACCAGCAAUGCAAAAUGGUAAAAGUCCAUGAUCCUGUCUUGGAUGGUAAGCUGGACUUUGAAAACGAGCGAAGUGUCAGCCGAAAAGGUUGCAGACUUUUUGGUUUUCCCUUAACCGAGAGGAUUCCUGUGGCAAAUUUAGUCGACAAACCUCCUCCAGUCACUCCAGUUACUUCAAUGCCUCAAAUGCCUGCUAAGCCCGUCGGGUGCAGCAGUGCCCUUUAUGCUUUGCGUGCAGCUCCAAUUUAGGACUUCAUCACUGGAACAAACCGAGUUUCACAUGCAUCCAAAUGUUGCAAGCAGGUAAAUCAUAUCUGACUUGAAUUCCCAAUUAUUAUUCAGAUGUCCUGUUGAACAAUCUGGAAAAGGAUGCCAUGUCCUCGAUACCUAUAACAAGGAUGAUACGGUGCUAGCCAUCGAUGAUCCUUAGCGGUUUAAGGCUACCGUGCCAGUAUGCGGUCAGCAUUUUGCAAAGUAACCGGACUGGAUUACUAAAUUAGGUUUUCAACUAAAUUAUCAACCGCAGCAUUUUCUUGUUUGGUUUCUGAUGCAUUUAACAGUCAGCUACUCUGUCAAUGUGUUAGAUUGUACUCUUUGUUGAGCCUCUGUUGCAGUAUUUUAUCCAGUCUGGUCUAAUGUUUGCUUAAGUAUUGUUGGUCUUUGUUUCCUGGUCAUUUGCUUUGGAAAGCUGGGAUUCUACCUGUUAGUAUUGUCAUAUAUAUAAACUGGUGUUUUAAGUCAA